GACAGGAUAUUUGGAUCCUUCCCUGCCAGGGUGGCAACUGGCACUACCUGCGGGCACCGCGCAGGCGCCUCGCUGCUGCCAGCCUGCAGCCCAGCCCGACUGACAGGGCCAUGGCCUUGCUCUCAUUUUGUUUUGAGAAUGAGCCCCUGCCCGCUUGCUGCAGCACGCCGAGCAGGAGCAACGAGCGUGACCUUUCUGUCAUUGCAGUGAUGGCCUACAUGCAGUUUGUGGAAGACUACUCCGAGCCCCAGCCAUCCAUGUUCUACCAGACCCCUCAGAACGAGCACAUCUACCAGCAGAAGAACAAACACCUCAUGGAAGUCUAUGGCUUCAACGACUCCUUUAUCAGCUUAGACCCCUCUCAAGACCUGGCACCUCCUCCUGCUCUCCCACCGAAACAGCGGCAGCUGCAGGCCUCCUAUGCUGCCUAUGUCUCCUACUGUGUCCAGCCAGCUAAAGUGCCCUUCACCCCCGAGGACAGCGGUGCCACUCAGGGUCUCACUAUGUCAGUCUCUAACUCCUUUCUCAGCCGGCACAGCUCCUUUCCUGUGCAGUCGUACAAAUCUGUGUUUAGGUCCUACUCCCAGGACUUCGUGCCUCACAACCAAGUCUCCAUACCUCCUUUCCUCUCUUCUACCUCCUCCUCCUGCUCCACCCCACCUUUUCCGCCCGUCCAUCCCUCUCAGAUCUCUGACCUAGCGGUGCCCGCCGCAGCCAGCCAGUCACCCAGCACUGCGGAUGUGCCAAACUCCUCUUCUCAGGAGAGCAGCUUUAACGGGAAUGCUCCUGUCUGCCUUCCUUCUGAAACCUCUUUCACUGAUUCUCUCCAGACGCCUUCGAGUGAAAACGCCAGUGAGGAGGCUGGUGAGGGUGAAUACGUCAAUCUGUAUUCCUCUGGCCAGAGCAACGGGGAACUCCCUCGCUCUGAAGGAGAAUCUCCCUCUCUCAAAGACAGCCACUCCAAAGACUCCGCUUCGAACAGCAGCUCCAUGGGGAAGGAGGGCCAAGAGGGCGCUGAAAGGCAGCAGCAGUCACCAGAUGCUUUGGAAUCGUCACAGUUGGAGGAGGAGGUAGAUGAGCUAUCCCUUAUCGACCACAGUGAAAUUAUGUCUAGGUUAACGCUGAAGCAAGAGGGAGAUGAUGGGCCGGAUGUUCGUGGUGGAUCUGGAGACAUUCUGUUAGUGCAUGCAACAGAGACCGACAGGAAAGACCUGGUGCUGUACUGUGAAGCCUUUCUGACUACGUACAGGACAUUUAUUACCCCUGAAGAGCUCAUCAAGAAGCUGCAGUACAGAUACGAGAAGUUUUGCCACUUCCCGGACACGUUUAAGAAGCGCGUCAGUAAGAACACCUUCUUCGUGCUGGUGAGAGUGGUGGACGAGCUGUGCUUAGUGGAGUUGACGGAGGAAAUUCUCAAGCUGCUGAUGGACCUGGUCUUCCGACUGGUCUGCAACGGGGAGCUGAGCCUCGCCAGGGUGUUACGCAAGAACAUCCUUGACAAAGUGGAGCAGAAGAAGAUGCUGAGCUACGCCAAUUCCAUCAAACCUCUUGCAGCCCGUGGGGUGGCAGCCAGGCCGGGCACCCUGCAUGAUUUCCACAGCCAUGAAAUAGCCGAGCAGCUGACCCUCCUGGAUGCCGAACUCUUCUAUAAGAUUGAGAUCCCAGAAGUUUUGCUUUGGGCAAAGGAGCAAAAUGAAGAGAAGAGCCCCAACCUGACACAGUUCACAGAGCACUUUAAUAACAUGUCCUACUGGGUCCGUUCAAUAAUUAUGCUACAAGAGAAAGCCCAAGACCGCGAGAGGCUGCUCCUUAAAUUCAUAAAGAUUAUGAAGCACUUACGAAAGCUGAAUAAUUUUAAUUCCUAUCUGGCCAUUCUUUCUGCACUGGAUUCUGCACCCAUCCGAAGGCUGGAGUGGCAGAAACAAACCUCCGAGGGCCUGGCUGAGUACUGCACGCUGAUCGACAGCUCCUCGUCCUUCCGCGCCUACCGAGCAGCUCUGGCUGAUGUGGAGCCUCCCUGCAUACCUUACCUGGGCCUGAUUCUGCAGGACCUGACCUUUGUUCAUCUGGGAAACCCGGAUUACAUCGACAGCAAGGUGAACUUCUCCAAGCGCUGGCAGCAGUUUAACAUCCUGGACAGCAUGAGGUGCUUCCAGCAAGUCCAUUACGACAUCAAAAGGAACGACGACAUCGUGUCAUUCUUCAACGAUUUCAGCGACCACCUGGCUGAGGAGGCCUUGUGGGAACUGUCCCUCAAAAUCAAACCCCGGAACAUCACGAGGCGGAAAACAGACCGAGAAGAGAAAACCUAG